AUGGGCAACCAGCCGUUUGUUGGAGACGGUGAGUCCAAGAUGACCAAUGGCCGGUGCGUUCCAAUAAUUCUCGGGUCGGUCAAGGUCGGUGGAGAGCAAGAAGAACAAGAGGCUAAGACAGCUUCCGAUGAGUGCAUACCAUACGACAAAUGUAUACAUAUGAUGGGCUGGAACGCUUUUAAGCGACGACGGCCGAAAGGAAGAGAACCUAGCCCGGCUGCUCCUGCUGUCCAGCAGCCUUACCACAGCAGCAACAUUAGCGGCAUCGGCAGAGGACAUGUCGAUUCUACUGUGCAGGUCGCACCACCCACGCGUAAACACCUGACCAUAUAUCGAGCCAUUAUCACCCGCAAAAAUACAACCACAACCACAACCGCAAUCACUAACGACGCGGCUCCCCAUGAGCCUCAAUUCGUCAUGGCUCCGGCAGCCUCCCUGUCUCCAAUCGUGGAGGAGGCGCUUCACGGCCGCCCUCCUUUGGCGGUAAAGGUCCAAAUCAACAUCCUCGACAGGCCGGCCUACACCAGAUUUUAUGCCAGCUCACAGGUCCUCCGCCCUUCGAACCGACUGUGUCAGGGUUUGCUUCGCCGUGUCGAGCACUGCAGCAAGGAGUUCAUCACCCGAAGAGAUUCGGACGCACUUUUGCACCGUCGAUUCGGCCAAGCACCCAGCGCUCUUCGUUACGAAAUCACCUACACCAUCGUCCGGUCUGGUGAUAUCUGGGCCGAGGAAACCUUCAAGUCGUACCAGCGAGCUCCCGUCACCGACGAGCUGGCCAAUGAGAUCAUCCUGUCCACACACUACGUAGUCGGUCUUUUUCUCAGGCAGCACGAUAAGGAGUUCAAGUGGACGCAAGAACCGGCCUCGGACCGGCUGUCAAAAAGGUUAUCUGCAUCAUCAUCACUGAGCCCUUACGACGCCCUCACGCUUGGGUGUAUACCACAGUCUAGGUUUAUUGAAUCGACCCAGUCCUUCGAGUUUAUCCCCGGCUACAGUAUCGAACUCUCGUUCCGGAGUUUCACAGGACACCGACGUACACAGCGCGAAUGGAGCAGGAGUUUACGGCUGAAGAGUGCCCAGGAUGCACCGCUUAACCUUGCCCAAAGCGAGAGGCUGUUGUUUGACUCGUUUGACGCGGUGAACUCGGCCAUCAGCGCGAAGAGGCGGUCUUUUGAGCUUGACCACGCGUCUUGCGAGUGGCUGGAAGGUCCCGUUGACUGCCAACACUUCGAAGAGAAUGCCCUGAGUAUUGAGCUAAGGAUCGCCAACAACCUUGGCCCAGUGUAUGAACAUAUGCACCGCGGCAUUCGCUCCAAGCUUUCGAUGUUCAGACAGCAGGAUGGCGAGGAUUGCUAUGCCUUCCUUCGUGAUGUACAAACCGAGCUUCUCAGGCUCAGAGACGUGGCCGACGAGCGAGUCUCUCACACAAACGACUUUGAAUUAAGGAUAUUAGAAUUAACGGGUGCCCAAGGCUGGAAGAUUUCCAGACCGGCAAAGGUCACCCUCGACCACACCAAGUCGCACUCGCAGCGAACCGUCGAGGCCAUUCUCGACCGUGUCCACACUGGAAUUACAGACGUACUCCGCGCCCCUAGCGCAUCCGUACACAUUGCAGCAUAUAAGAGGGGUCAUCUCAUAUUAGAUAGAGAAAUCGGUGCGCAAGAGGGUUCCAGCAAGAAGCCGUCCAGCACAGCAAGUAACCCGGUGAGCACAAAGGCCGAGAAAGACCACCUCGUCCAAGCUUUGGAAUCGCGGAUUCGUCAAGACCUGGACAUGCUAGUCAAAGACACGUGCUCUUUGGAAGGCCUUCCGGAAGACGACGAGGAGGUUCCCACACCGACCACGUCGGUCUCGCCACAUAAUCAAGAUGAAGACACACAGCUGGACUACACAGAGAACUCUUCAGUCACCCAAGACCCGAUAAGGAGGUUCCCAUUGUCCAAGAGUCCGGAAGAAUCACGAGCCGCGACGCCGUCGCAGCAAUCGCCGAUACCGCUCAGGAGGAAGAAGACCUUCAUCAUGCCAGCCUCGGGAGACAAUCCAGCCUACCGAGUCUUCCCGCUGGUUCCCGAAAAGUUCAUACAGAGUCGCUCCCGCCAAAAUAGCGAGUCUACUCUCUCCAGUCAAGUCUCGGAGUCAUCUCCUGCCGUGCUCAAGAAGGUGAACGUGCAACCAGUGCACGUAAUCGACCCGGACCUGUUUAGGGGACAUGCCUUUUCGGGUUCUGACGGCACCGCAUCGGAACAUGCGGGGACGGUGCCUGAGAUUUUAUCAGAAGAAUCUGACCGAUCCGAGUGUGGAGGGACGGAGUUGUCUGUUGCCGAAGAUUACAUCUUUACACAGGAGUCCUCCCUAAUGAGCGAUGCGCAAGACUCGGUGGCUGGAGACAUCGUUGAACUUGAUUGUGUCGACGCUGCUCAGGCCCCUGUGACGCAUCUGGGUUCCCAGCCCGCAGGGAAGUACGACGGCCUUGCCUCUGAGGACAAGGCCGAUCGCAGAGAUGCAGAGGUUUCUGAGGAAGCGAACAAACGUGCAAGCCUGGGCCGGGACGAUGAGUCUAUCCCAUCGACUCCUGGGCUCAGCCAUGGGGAAGGACCCUCGCCUCGCGACAGUUUCCUGAUGACACCGCCCUUCUCAAAAUCGACUCCCGUGGCCUGUCCCAAGAUACCAUUAUCGUUUGACUCUGAGCAGGCUGGAGAAGAUGGUCAUUUCAGCUACCCACCUAACGAGGCGGAAGAUGAGGAGAAGACGCCAACUGGGUCAACCCAACAGAUACCUAUGGUGCAGGAGGAAACGCCAGAGCCGGACACUAUUGUUCUGAGGAAUGCGGAUAGCUUCUCACAGAGCGAGGAAUUGUUCGGCUUUGACGAAGACCAAGCACUGACUGAGUUCCAUCCCUCAGCUUCGGGAACCCCUACACAGGCUGUGGCAGAACUGGCAGCAUCUCUUUUCACUGAACCGAUAACAGUUCCGGAUGUGGAGCCCCCGCGAAGCGCUGGAACUAUUGUCCCUCCUACCCCAGCAGCCCAAGAGGCCGAGGAUAACAUCUUUGACAGCGCAUUUGCCGAGAAGUCGGUCGCCCAACCACCGACUUUACUGACAAACCCCCGCCCGUCGACCAGUCUCGGAGAUAGCUUGCCUGAGCUACAGCCAGCUCGAUCCAGACGCACAAUCGAGCGGCCGAGCCCUAUCCUGAUCACCAGGAACAGUGUUUCGUCAUGGGAGGACUACAUCAGCGCUAGCCAACGGGACUCUGUCGAUACUAUCAAGUCCGAGGUGGACGUAUCCGCCAUCAUGUCAGACGACCAGCCAACGGCGCGCCCGCCGAGUCCAACACGCCGCAAAUCCAUCCCUACUGCGGGAGUCUUGGGUCUCCACGAGGCGGGGAGCAGGGGUUCGGGACCCUUUGGAGCUCUGAAAAGCGCCUUCUCUGGCGGCCAGCACUGGCUUGACAGUGAAAGAUUCCGGGGCAGUGGUUCGAGCUCGAGGCCGCAGACCGCCCCGGGCCUUGUCGCACAGAAGUUCUUUCCCGAGGGCGCUAGCACCCCGCCUCCUCCAGAGAGCCCUGUGACACCGACGACCAAGUCGCCUCGUCGGCCGUACAUUCGGAAACGCACCAAGAGCAUCGCGACUGCCACCAUCGUCCGGGCCACCCCUAAGCGGCCGCACAAGUCUUACAGGGGCCGGGCCAAAUCGGCUGCUUUUGCCGAGCUGGAACGUGGGCGAGAACAGAAGCAAGGCAAAGAGGCCGAGGCACUCGACAGAAACGGCGACAAGCCCAUGUUGCCACGUUUCAUGAUGUUGUUCGCUGGUAUGGCUGUUGCGUCUUCGAUGCUCAACAAGAACUAA